GCUUGGGCGGCACAGGGAGAUGCCUCAUGGGGGUUGGGCGACUUCCAUUGCUGCAGCUUCUCUGUGCUGAGUUGCUGCUUUCUUUGGCGCUGGCAUUCGGUGUUGAGCCCUUAGACACGUUUCGACGGGUCUCAGCGACCUUGGAGGUAGACAACAACUCAAGCUCUGAGCUAAGCACGACAGAUCUAACCCGCACCACGACUCUCAGACUGAGCACAUCAGUCGCUGAUGACCUUGUGAAUACUACUGCAACAGUUACCACGACCGUGACCACAGAAUUUUUUUGCCCUUUACCACUUGCCCUGGACAGCAGCGAACUUACAACGUACACUGGAUGCAUCAAAAGCAACUGCGAGGAGAUGGCAAGCGUUGUGAUGGAACAAGCCUCAGACGGCCAAAUCGCAAAUUGCUUUCUUCUCCUCGAAGCAGCAGGAAGCUGUGCCGCAGAUGCCUCUGCACAGGUCACCGCCUUGAGCAGUCUUGGCUUAAGUUUUGAAGUCGGAGACCUUUGCGGACCUUUGUGCCCUUCUUAUUGUCAUACUGAUGAAGCAACUGAGACGACUAGCUGGCAAAGGUCGCUAGUCUCAACAUCUUCACAGGAAAGCCAGGGGGAAGACGAUGAUAGUGAAGACGACAGCAGGUUAGACCUGGUUGCUGCCGCUGGACGCAUACGGGUCCUAAUCAGCUCUCUUACAUUUCGCGUCUCUACACCUGAACGAUUUGGCAAACAGACAACCAUCAGAAAAGCUCUGAGGGAUGGCAUUGCAACUGCCCUGGUGGUGAGCCCAUCCCAGGUUGUCAUUCUGGAUCUCAUCGUGCCAAUGGCAGAAGGCAAAGAAUCUUCUGCAACGCAGGCAGAUGGCAAUUUUCGCAGGCUCCAAGUCCACGGUGGUGCUGGCCUGAUCCGUGUGCCGUUUGAGAUUCUCAAUGCACCAAACUUCCUGGACGCAAACCUGUUGCUGGAGAAAUCGACCGCAGACAAAAUCGAGGUCCACCUUAGGCAGCUUGUGGAAGUUGGUUCCAUUUCUGAUCUACGCUUGGAGGAACCUGAGAUCGUUUUCCGAGAGGUGACAAAGAAGGAGACGACCGUCGAUGAGUGGUUCUUCACAUACCCAGUAGAUUCGAAGAUUGAGGACCAUAUGGAGCCGUUGGAGCCGCCAGGGAUCACUUCCAAUGCAGGCUGCCUCGCUGUACAACCAGUGCUGCUGGCAGGACUUUUCAGCCUUCUGUUGCUGGUCACCCAGUUCGUGGACCGUUGAUGCACCAGGUUGUUGUUUCACCUGCAUGUCUCUCGCAAGAGGUUCUGCAGGAGGUCGAACCUCCAAACAAGUGGCAGCUAUUUCUAGU